AAAUUCAACAGCUGCCUUUACAUCAAUUAUGCUAACAUGCAUAGCCAGCCUCAGCACCGUUUCGCCUAGACAUUGCUCGCUACUAUUGGAGUAUGACGGAAUCGUCAAGGACCCUGAAGACAGGGGGCUUAGCCGGCAGCUAACGAGGCCGGUAUUUCAUGUCUGAGCAGCAGUGGAACUGCCGUGGUUCCAUUAUAAUGGCUUUAUUGCGUGGCUCCGCCUGUCUUCUCUAAAUGGAAUCUCUGUUAAAUGUCUUUGUUAGAUGUCUCUGUUGAAUGUACAUAAAGAGAAUUUAUGGGCAGAUAGUGGCCGUAUUUUAUUGCUGGUUUGUAAACUCCUCUGCGUAAACUCCUCUGCCUGCUUGAAUCUUUCGUUCACAGGAACUAUUUUUGCUUCCGGCUCUUUAAGAUUGGAGAUGGGACAUUCGGAUACACUUCUAUUUCGAUGUUGGAUUAUUACUAAUACGUCACUAGAUAAGGAAAUCAACUAAACACCAUUGUCGUCCAAGCUGGAGCACUGCCAGAGUCAGCGUCUUCGUGCAAUAGAUAGGCGACAAUUAUUCCUUGAUAAUAUUAUAUGUCAUAAGAAUACUGAUAAAGACAACAAGAUGCCACAUUAGUAGAGUAUGUACACUACCAAUCUAAAGAAUCAGAAGAAAAAUGAUGUACAAAAGCAUAAGAUUGCUUCUCGUACUAUCCAUCUAGCGGCUGGCGAAACACCUUCGACCCCGUACCACCCUUCGUGCUGCAGACCAAGAAGGCUGUGACUUACCACCUUUGGUCUAAUGAUGGAUGGACCGCGGCGUCUCAGGAAGAUGGUACAUAAAAUAGACUAGCUAUUGUGUUG